UCUAGACCAAAUCAUCCUGUAUUCUGUUUCUCUUCAAGAGCUUCGCACCCAAUACACACCAAAUUCUUCAAAGAAAACCCUAAUCAGAUUUUGCUUUUAACAUAUGGAUUUCAGUCGCAGAUUAAUUUCGUCGUGAAACAGAGGUAGACCACUAAAUUUUUAUCAGAGCUUUAUGUGGUCUUUGUUUGAUUGAUUUCUCUUUCCAUUUGCUAUGUGGGUAUAUAUCUUUUAGGAUUUUAAGCUGGGUUUUGUUAGUUUACUUAAUCGGGUCAUUCGUUUCUUUGGUUUCCAGUAAUCCAAACGAGUGGUUAAAUUCUAAUGCAAAAAUGGCAUUAGCAUUCAUGUAUAGUUUAAAAAACUUAUGGCCUUUAUCAAUUCUGAAGUAUGAUGAUUUAAAAGCAUCCAAUGAAUUGGUUAGUAAACUAUCAAUACCCGAGAACACGAAAAGAUUUGUUUAUGCAGUUCGUGAUCCAGAUUCUCAAUCUGUUAUAUACAUGCUCUCUGUUCAGAAUUUAUCUCAAAGAUCUGCUAUAGAUGCUGACUGUCUUAUCAGGGCAAUUCGUCCUGAAGCCGUUGUGGCUCAGGUGUCUAAUUCUGCUAUGAGUGAGAUUCAAUCGGAUUAUAUUGAAUUCGGAAGCAAUUUGGUAGAUAACCUGGUUCCCACUUCGUCUUUUGGAGUGAUUAAAAGAUGUUUUAUUGAUAAAACUAGUAAGGAUAAGUAUGAGACUGUGGCUUGUAACUUGGUUUUGAAGGAAAUAUUUGGGGUUGGUUUUUAUGGUCAUAUUAUGGCUGCUAAGAGAGUGGCUAAAGAGAUUGGUUCUUCGUUUAUGUUGCUUGAAACUCCAGUGGUUCAAUCAUCUGCUAUGGAUAAUAAUUCUUCUAGUGAAGUUGAUGCUGGGAGUAAGGUUCAAGGUUUAGUUAGUAGUUUGGUGCCAAAUAAUGCAGGUUACUUUGUUUCAUCAAGUACAAAGAGGUUUCGUCUUACUGAUGAUGUCCAAUCACAGAUGGUGAAGUUAUUGUCUUCCUAUAUGGAUGCAUCUUUAAGGAAAUUAGGUCCUUCAAAUCCUGUUUCAGAGGUGGCUUCUAAAGAAAUUCAUGCAGGCAAUGCUCAUCAGGUGCCUCCAUUUGCUCAAUCCAUCUACCCAUUACUUUUAGAUCUACAUAAUAUAUUUGUUGAUAUUUCAUCAAUAUCAAGGGCUCUGGCUUCUUCACAAAAGAUGUUUUAUGACGUAAGCAGAGGGGAAUGUGUAGAUAUUGAAAUUAUAUCUGAGGUUUACACCUUCCGGAUUGCAGUUGAGGGGCUGAGGAUUGCACUAACUAAUGCUGGUCAAUUACCUAUCAAAAGCUUAGGGAAGGCUAACAAGACCAAGGUUGAGUUUUUGGAGCUUCCAGUUGAAGAUAAGUCUUGUGCACUUCUUGCCCAGGCCCUUCAAAGUCAGACUAGGAAGUUCAAGAAAAUAGUAGCUUUAGUAGAUUCUAGUAGCUUAGCAGGUCUCAGGAAGCACUGGAACACGUCUGUGCCUCCAGAGAUACAGGAGUUGGUUGGGCAGCUUGCCAGUGAUUGUGAUACUGAUGAAGAAUUUACAAAUCAAACAGACAAGAAGUCACUAUUUUCUAAUAAACCUGUGAUGGCAGUUGGAGCUGGGGCAACAGCAGUUUUAGGAGCGUCGUCACUAUCCAAAGUUGUACCCACAUCGACAUUAUUGAAGGCUUUAACAUUUAAAUUGCCUGCCCCUCUUAAUUUUGUGCUAACCCAAACCCAGAAGUCAAUGGCUGUAGCUCUGGGCAAGACUCUUGGUUCAUCAAAAGUGGUUGCCCCAGGAUUGGCAAAUUCCGGGGCCAAUGCAACAUCUGUCUUAAAAACAGCUGCUUCAGCUGAGAAAAUUAGGGCAGUGGUCCACAGCAUGAUAGCCUCUGUUGAAAAGACCAGUUUUUCGGCAAUGAGAACUGCAUUCUUUGAGAUAAUGAGAAAACGGCGUGUACAACCCAUUGGUUUCCUACCUUGGGCAACAUUUGGGUGCAGCAUUGCAACAUGCUCAGGUUUGCUUAUGUAUGGAGAUGGGAUUGAAUGUGCUGUAGAAUGUGUUCCUGCAGCCCCUUCAAUUGCUAGUUUGGGUCGUGGGAUUGAAAAUUUGCAUCAGGCAUCUCAAAAAGUGAGCCAAACAGAUAGAAUACAGAAAGCUAUAGAGUUACUGAUGUACAGGUUGAGGAAAGUAAAAAUUCAAUAGUUUUAUGAGAUAUAGUAAUAUCAGUGGGAUUCAGGAACUGCUUCAUGACUGAGAAGCUGGAGGAAUAAUAUGGCCAUCAGAAUGCGAGCAUAUGAAUAAGCAGGGGUAAAUCAUAUAUUAACAAAAAUUAAAGGAGUUUAGAAAAAAAUACAAGCGACAGGUGGAAGCCAUGCAUGCCACUCUACAUAUAUGUGAAGCAUUAUGAGACAGUAAUUAAAUAAAAAGGAAAAUCAUGUAUACUUUUGUUGCCUAAAUCAUGUGUAAGCACAAGUCCUCUCUACUUGAUACCAAAUCCAAAUUUGCUAUCACUAACAAAAUAUGAAAUUUGUAUAAAUAAAUGUGUAUACAGAACAGAAUCUAUAAUCCAAUACUAAAUUGGACAGUUAA